AAUUUGCAUUUCCUUCUUUCAAUCUUCGUCACCACCGUCGAUCCCUUCACACCCUCAUCGCCCGCCGCCGUCACCACUCUAAAAACCUCCAUUGCAAAACCCAAAAACCAUACAUAUAUUUAUAUCCUAUUUAUAUACAUACAUACACACAAAGUCUUGAAAAAAACACACACACCCACAACACACACAAACCAUGAGACAACGAUGCCAACACUAAAACCAUCAAAGAUUUCAACAAAUGAAGAAAAUUUCAAAGCUUUUUUACACCCAAAGAUUCCAUUCAUUUUCAACAUUAUCACGUUCACAAGAAGUAUUAAAUAUAAUACAAUCAAUAGAUCCAAUGGAACCUUCAUUAGAACAAAUUUCACCUUUUUUAUCCCCUGAAGUUAUUAGCUCUGUUAUUCAAGAACAGCAAAAACCUUAUCUUUGUUUUCGAUUUUUCAUCUGGGCUGCGAAAAGAAAGCGAUUUCGCAGCUGGGUUUCGCAUAAUUUGAUGAUUGGUAUGCUUGUUAAUAAUAAAGUUGAAAACUUUGAUACUUAUUGGAAAGUUCUUGAAGAAAUCAAGAAUGCCGGUUAUCCGAUACCUUCUGAUGCUUUUGCAGUUUUGAUUGGUGGGUAUUGGGAGAUGAAAGAUGGCGAAAAAGCGGUUGAGUGUUUUGGUAGAAUGAAAGAAUUCGAUUGCGAGCCGAAUACGUUUACUUAUAAUUUGAUGCUUCAUGUUUUGGUGAAUAAAGGUAUGAUAGUAUUGGCUUUGGCUUUUUAUAAUAUGAUGAUGAAGUUGAAUUGUUGUUUGAAUUGUUCUACUUAUAAUAUUUUGAUUAAUGGGUUGUGUAAAAGUUCAAUGAUUUCGUAUGCAUUAGAGCUUUUUGAUGAGAUGAUUAAAAGAGGGAUAAUGCCUAGUAAGAUUACUUAUACAAUUGUGCUUUCGGGGUUAUGUGAAGCUAAGAGGAUAGAUGAUGCGUAUCGUUUGUUUGAGAAUAUGAGAAACAUUGGUAUUAAGACUGAUAGUGCUGUUUAUAAUGCUUUGCUUAAUGGGGUUUGUAAGUUGGGUAGGAUGGAUGAAGUGUUUGUUCUUUUGAGGAAGUUUCAGAGUGACGGUUUUGAGCUUAAUUUGAAUAGUUAUAGCUCGUUAAUUGAUGGGUUGUUUAGAGCUAAAAGGUUUGAAGAUGCUCAUGAGAUGUUUAAGAGAAUGACUGAAGCUGAGAUAGUGCCUGAUGUGGUCUUUCACACAAUCAUGAUUCGAGGGUUGUGCGAUGAGGGCAGAAUACAUGAUGCGCUUAAGAUGCUUAAAGAUAUGACUGAUAAUAAUUUGGUACCAGAUACUCAAGCUUAUAAUACGUUAAUUAAAGGGCUUUGCGACAAGGGUUUCUUGGAUGAAGCACGCUCGUUAAAACUUGAAAUUUCAGGUGAUAAUGAGUUUCCGGAUACUUGUACUUACACUAUACUUAUAUCUGGUAUGUGUAGAUACGGUCUAGUUGGAGAUGCACAAAAUUUAUUUAAUGAAAUGGAAAAGUUUGGAUGUUUGCCUUCUGUUGUCACAUUCAAUGCUCUUAUAGAUGGGCUAUGUAAAGCCGGUGAACUUCAAAAUGCUCACAUUUUGCUUUCCAAAAUGGAGAUUGGAAGAAAUCCCUUUUUGUUUUUACGACUUACACAAGGUUCAGAUAAAGUUGUUGACAGUAGAACUUUGCAGGCAAAAGUGAGUGAAUUAUGCGAGUCGGGGUCAACCCUUAAAGCAUAUAAGCUUCUCACACAGCUUGCUGACACUGCAAUCAUGCCAACUAUCACAACUUAUAAUAUCUUGAUUAAUGGUAUGUGUAAAGCAGGUAGAUUGGAAGGUGCUUAUGAGCUUAUUAAGGUGCUCGAAGGUAAGAAGAUUUCGCCUGAUUCGGUCACUUAUGGAACACUGAUUAAUGGGCUCCAAAGUGUCGGGAGAGACAAUGAUGCAUUUAUACUGUUAGAAGAAAUGGUUGGAAAAGGAUGUAAACCUACUCCAGCGAUUUAUAGAACACUUAUGAAAUGGUCUUGUAGAAGAAAGAAAACUUUGGCUGCCUUUAAUCUCUGGAUUAGGUAUUUAAAGAGCUUACCAAACCGAGAUGAAAAAGUUCUGAAGUUGGUGGAAGAUUAUCUCCAGGAAGGUGAAAUAGCGAGGCCUGUGAGAUUGCUACUUGAAAUGGAUAUAAAGUUACAAGAUGUGUAUUCGGCACCAUAUACAAUUUGGCUUAUUGGAUUUUGUCAGGAGAGGAAAUCAAAAGAGGCUUUAUAUUUAUUUGACAUUCUGAAGGAGUAUGACAUUAAUGUAACUUCGCCGAGUUGUGUGAUGUUAAUUAGCACUCUUUGUCGAGAAGGGAAAUUGAAUCGUGCUAUUGAAGUUUUUCUUUAUGCUCUACAAAAAGGUUUUAUCUUGAAACCAAGAAUUUGCAAUUUUUUGGUCAAGUCACUUCUUCGGUCUCGGUUGAUGACUGAUUAUGAUGCUUUUGAUCUUUUGGAGAAAAUGGAGUCCUGUGGGUAUGAUCUAGAUGCCUAUCUUAAUGAUGAUACAACGUUUCUUUUGAGCAAUCAUAGGAGAAAACAAGAUAUGCAAAAUGUUCUAACCAGAUGAGGAUGUUUUGCUUCACACACAAAGUGUUGAAACACUGGUGUUGUUGUAGAAGUCAAAGGAGGAUCAGUCUACAUUGUACAACCAAACCCUUCUCUACACUGCCCGUGCAUCUAGAAAGGUUUAAGGUUUUUUACUCAACCUGCUAUGUAAACAUUUGUGCAAGAUCCAAAUCAACCAUGAGCUGUUUUAUAUUCAUGACGAUGAGUUUCUCCACUUCUGAGAUAACUGCUACAUGUGCAGGCACAUCUUGUCAUCCCAAAUCAAUUACAUGUCAGCAACCUACAUAUUUGUAUAUUACUGUUGAAGAAUGAUGCAUGGGAUGAGUAUGGUGGAAUUUUGACUCUGACAUACACAAGAAGUUCAAAAUGACCACAAGCCAUCAUUCCAAUAUCCCACGACUUAAAGACUUAUAGGCACGGCUUUAACAUACUCAUUGAAACAGAUAAAGCUGUGGGCACGGACCACAACAAGACUAGAGGCGGUGAAGGUUAGAGACAAGUUAAUUAGCUUAUUUCAAAGACUAUCUUCAAGUCUGUAAAGAGUUGCAACAAAGUGAAGAAAUUUAUUAGGGGGCUAUUUAAAGAAGCCAAGGAAAUCUUGGAUGAUCUUCAAAUGGAAGCUAUGAAGUUGAAAUGCUGUUUGGGUUCGCCUUACUGAGUAGGAAUUGGUUAAGGUGAAAGCGGUUAAGAUCACUAUGGUGUUCCAAGUUUUCGUUAUAUAGAAUUUUGGCUCAGGACGGUCAUCUGUAUCUGAUUUCUACCCCAGGUGUGCUGCUAUUUAUUAUUCAAAAAAGUUGCGCAAUUUCAGUUGGAAGUUGGAACAUUGCAACUUGAUAAAGAUUGUUUUGGGAGUAACCGUUGAACUCGUAAGUGGUAACUUAUAAAAUGUAAUCUUUGCCAGGUUUAACAGACACAAUGUAUACAAUUAAAAGGAUAUAUGUAAAGAUGGGUCAAUAGAUAUAUCCAAGAGGUUAAAGAUUUGGUUUAAAAA